AAGGUUACUACUAAACAACGAAGAACACCAAAAUGCCAAAUUAAUUUCUGUUUCUUGGUCGAAAAAUCAUAAAAAAUGGCAGCUUUGAUCUACCAGAUAUUCUCGUCUUCAGCACUGGUGUCACUGGGCCUCUACCACCUGAUCUCCACCGUCCGCAACCACCUCAAAUCCCCUCAGACAUACUCCGCCAGGCUCUUCCAUCCUUUCUCCCUCUCCUCUUCCUCAUCUUCCUCUCGAUUCAAGCACCUCCAGCUUUACCUUCUAAUCCUCUGCCUCAUCAUUGCCUUAGCCCACCAAGCCCUUAUAUCCUCUGACUCCGAUCCCCUCCUCAAAGGCAACACCCCAGUCCACCGCUUCUCCUCCCUCCAGUCUGCCGCUGUCAUUUUCCUAGCACUACUCAUCUCCCUCGCCCUUCUCGUGUCCGACUCCACCUCCCUCCUCCCUCUUCCUUCCGAUCUCUUCUUUGCCCUCGCUUCUGGUGUCUUCUUCCUCCAAUACUGUGUCUCUUCCUCCGCCGCUUCUUUCCAGACCUCUGAUCUCCAGGCGGAGUGCGACUCCGUCUCCGCUAGAAUAUCUGCUCUGUCCUCCCUCUUGUGUUUUAUUUUGGCUUGCCAGCCGAAGCUAUUCGUCGCCGACGUGGGACUGGGUGCCGCCCUCUGCUUGCAGGGGCUCUGGGUGCUGCAGACGGGAUUGUCCCUUUACGUUGAGGCGUUUAUCCCGGAGGGAUGUCACCGUUUGCUGGAUGUGGUGAGCGGCGUGGAGGGGUCAACCAAGUGCGAUCUUGAAGAGUCCCGGUUGAGGGCGGUGGCGAUACUGGAUCUGGUUUUUGUGGUUCAUGUAAUGUUUGUGGUGAUCAUUGUCAUGGUUACAUAUGCUUCCAUUGCUAAGAGCGUUGGGAUCAGAAGACUAGGUUCGUACGAGGCAUUGCCCACCAGUGCUGGUGAUACUAAUCAUAUUCAAAUGAAGGCAUUGGCGGGCACACAGGCGUGAUCUUCUUCCUCAAUGGUGGUGCGCUUUUCUUCUUCAUAAUUAGAAUACCAACUGUAGUUUCUCUAAUUCUUAUAAUUGUUGUGGGAUUCUCUCAAAAGUUGUUAUAAUCUUAGCUUUCGUGAACAGAGUAAUCUCAUGGAACUUGAGGCUUUUUGUGCGAACCAAAUGUGCUUUACUUCUUGAACCAUAAGCAGCUUACUUUAAACCCUCAAGCCUCACUCUUUUCUUUUCCUUUUGCCAUGAUGAAAGUAUGUAUGUCUACAUAGAUACACUAGAUGCUAGUAGUGUGGAGUCUAUGAUUCCUUUUAUGUUGCAACAUCUCGAUUGUUCCUUUUAUGUAUUGAUUCACUUGUAGCUUUGACUCCAUUUUGUUCAACAAUUGCUACAAAUUCUCUA